UUGGUGUAGCGGAAAAGGAGGGCAAAGAGUGGGGGAAACAUCCUGGCACUCUUUGCGCGCGUUUGUGAAACUUGUUAGUCGCGUCGUCGCGUAGUAGUGGUGCGUACUUAUAUGCGAAGUGAGGUUACAUUAAAGAAAGAGAAAGAGCGAGAGAGAGAGAGAGAGAGAGAGAGAGAGAGAGAGAGAGAGAGAGAGAGAGAGAGAGAGAGAGAGAGAACGGUAAAAGAAAAGACGACGGGACUCGAAAACGUAACGCGACCAGAAGUUCGCUUUUGUUUCGCCGUGUAUAUACGACAAAAUAGCUGAUGUCACAAAAAGAGAGGAAAAACGAAGGUGAAUAUAAGAUCUGCGCCGGGCAAACAGGUAGUUGUUGCGAGAGUAGGACGCCGUUACUGAGUCCGUAACUUUCAUCGUAGUUGAGGACUUAGAAAGAAAAUCUGUGUCAUCGCUAUUAUCAUCAUCAUCAUCAUCAUCAUCAUCAUCAUCAUUAUCAUCAUCGUCAUAUUUAUUAUUAUCGACGUUGAAGAAAGAAAAGGAAAGGAAAGGAAGUGUGCACGAUUAACGGCGAAGAGGACGAAGAAGCGAUUUUUGAAUCGCGUUGCAGAUAUUAAAAAUAAACAGAAAGAAUGGAUCAAGGAUUUCCUGGUCAACAUACGACAACAACCACCGUCACUACUACGACGACCACCAUUCAACCUAAUGUACGAUUUGAUCCAUCUUAUGUGAGAACAUUACCGGGUAUUCUCAAAAUUGUUCAAGUGAUAUUAAAUCUCUUGGGAUUCAUAUGCAUCACUGUUUCGAUUUAUAGUAGCCACAGUCGAGGAGGAUGGUUCAAUACCGUGGCUAUGGGUGGCUUUUGGUUCACCGGUGUUCUCCUUGUUCUUUAUUUAUUCCAUAUUGUUGAGAAGUUCUCCAAAAUUCCAUGGUUAAAGAUCGAAUUCAUAUUCUGUUCGAUUUGGACGGUGUUUUAUCUUUUGGCUGCUUCUUUAGCAGCUGAUUACGGCCGGGUUUCUGAAUCUUUCGCCGUUGCAGCGUUCUUCGGUUUUUGUGCCAUGGUAGUGUAUGGUUAUGACGCUUGGUUGAAGUUCAAUGCAGCGAGAAGCGGAGCUUUGGCUCAGGGUCAACAUAUGCCAAAACAAGUUUCAACCGUUACCAGUCCCGCGUAUUAAUUUUUAUAGGUAUAUGUUAAUAUAUCUGUAGUAGUUGAUGACGAAUGAAAAGCAUGAAGUCAUCGAAAGAGAGCAUGAAGUCACGAUUUUCAACACGAAUCUCCUUGGACGAUCUAUAAUAUUGGAUUGAUCAUUCGCGAAUGAUCAUCAUCGAUGUAGAAGAUGUCUUUUUUUUUCUAUUUUACACGAUAUUAGUAUUAAGUUAUAAUAAGUUAUCAUUCGUUUAUUUAACUCAUUCGAAUCUCCAUUGUCGUGUCUGAUGAAAAGAUACGACGCGUUGUUCGAUGCUGUAUAGUUGAAGCGAGUAUACAAGCACAAAGCUCUUUAUUGUGUCGCUUUUUUUCGUUCUAAGAUGUCUGAGCUUCAAGCCUUUAAUUCCUUGAAAGUUUUCAAGGACAGUAUAUAAUAUUUAAAUAUCUAUUUAAAAAAUUAAUAUUAAUUCUACAAAUGGAAUGAUUUUAGUGUUCUUAUCAUAUAGCCAAGACUAACUUUUAUCCGUCUUAUUAAUAUAUUUUUUUUUCUAUCUUCAUAUUCCGCGCGCGUGUCGUACAAUGAAUAAUUAUUAUUAAAUACGGCGACAUCUGUGAACUUGCCGAUGACCAAACUUUUUUUUUAAAGAAAUUCGCGCUUAUUCACAAAGCUGUGAGCGUAGGGAACACAAGUUAUUAAGUUUAGCGAUAAUAUCGACCAUCGAUUGUUAAUGUUUAGAUGAUAUUUAAUGUUGUUUAUUUGAAUCAGCAGAGUUGAUCGUUGUUCGUUGUUUUUUAAAGCAAUAUCUAUAAAAUCGAAUAUUUACGUACAUCGUACAAACGAGCACAUAUCCUUGUUUUUUAUACUCAUCGUAUACGUAGACUUUUUUAAAUAUGUCCUCUUCACGCUAUGGGCAAUAUAAAGUAUAUAUGUAUGUAUGUAUCUAUACAUAUGCUAGUUUCACCGCAUAUCGUAAAAUGUUACGCUUAUGAGAUCAACCAUAAUUGAAUGUUGCUUUACGAUACGCCUUAUCAUAUCAGCAUCUUGACGAGUCAUCGUUUAGACUUGUCAAGAAAAUAUUAUUUUAAAUACGCUUAGCGUUUUUAUAAAAAAGGCGUUGCCUUAUAGUAAGUACUUACGUAAAAUAUUAUGCGAAUCAUUUAUAAAAAAACGUUGACCAAAUAAUCCCAAUAUAUAUAUAUAUAUAUAUAAUCGUUACGAAUAAAUUAGUUAAUUGUUUCACGUUACUCAUACCGUGAUUCAUACGAUCACGUUAAAAUUGUGUGCGUAGAAUGCGUUGUAAACUAUAUUUUUAUUACUUUUUAUUCGAUCGACUCGAUACAGGUACAUCAUAUGUAUAAAUAUAUAUACGUCGUAGAUAUAUUAAACUAAAUAACUAAUUUAUUAAUCUUCAGCGAUGUGAAUGCGUGUAUGACGGCGAAGCGUAGAAGGUGUGGGGGGAAGGUAUAAAUCGACGAAAAUAAAAUCAAUCGGAUGAAAACACUUUUUCAAAUCUAAA